AUGGAGGGGCCAAAAGCCCUGGGACCCUGUGGCCACGCCCACUCCCAGUGCCCCCACCCCCCGGCUUCGAGCAGCCACCGAGGGUGCCCAGACCCACCGUGCCAGGGGUUUGUACCGUGGCCCUGCACCGUGCCCCUCGGCUCCACCCACUCAACGGAGUCUGCCAGGCCUUGCCCUGCCCCGGAGGCCGGGGGUGGGGGGCUCGGGGUGGGUGGCGAGGUACCCGGGCACUUUCUCAUAAGUGAAGAGGGAGAGGUGCAGGGCCCGAGGCCGCGAGACCCCCCGGCGGGGGCGAGACAAGCACAGACAGAGGCCGGGCGGGGGUGGGGCUGGCCGCUGUGCUCUGGCCGAGAGCAGGGCCCCCCCGGGCGGGCGGCAGGGCCCAGCUCAGGGCCCGGACCCCGCCCGUGCCCGCCCCUGACCCCGGCGGCGGGGACCCCGGCCACGACCAGGGCAGGCCCCUCCCGGCUCCAGAGCGUGCCCCUGGGGCCCGCAGCGCGGUCCUUCCUGCAGCUGGAGCAGGAGAACCAGCACCUGGGGCUCUUCCCCUCUCUCUGCCCCCCUCCCCAGAAGAGGCAGAACCAGGACCUGCGGGAGCAGCUGGGGGCCCUCCUGGGGCCGGGGCAGCCGUUCCCGCCCCUGUGCCCGGAGCACUCGAGCGGCACCGCUCUGGCCUGGUCCGUGACCACGGACGCUGCCGACGGCCUUGGGGCUGAGCCGGGGGCUCUUCUGCAGCCCCCUGAGCAGGCCGGUGCCCGGGCCCUGGAGGACAGGGCCCCUCUGCAGCUGCUGCGGCAGGAGCUGUGCCGGGGGGAAGAGUCCUUCGUGCGGCAGUCCCAGAACGACUUGCAGCGGAUCCGACUGUCCUUUGAGAGGAAGAAAAUGGCCAUCACCGAGGUGUCGGACGGCGUGGCCAAAGUACACAUGUCCGUGAACAACCAGGCCACCGGGCUCCUGAACCUCAAGAAGGACAUCCGGGGUGUGCUGGACGAGGUGGAGGACAUCCAGCUGGAGAUUCUGGGGGAACAGGCCCAGGGCCGCACCCGGGCCAGGAAGGAGCCGCAGGCGGCGUGCACGGGGAAGGCACGGCCGCAGCUGGGAUGUUCCGAGGGCCCCGGAGGCCAGCCCUGGCUGCUGGCCCUGAGGCUGCUGCUGGGCGCCCUGCUGGCCUGCGCCGCCGCCUACAUGUUCGUGCUGGACCCCGCGCCCUUCGAGGGGCUGGUGCCGCCCCUGCUGAGCCGUGCCGCCGUCUGGAAGCUCCGGGCCCUGCUGGGCCCAUUCCUGCGCCUCGAGGUGGAUGACUUCCUGCCCUUCUAG